AUGAGAAUUUUGAAGUUCGCUAUAGAAUUGAGGUUCAAGCCGAACGAAAGAUCAUUUCGAUAUUUGAAUACAGCGUUAAACAUUGCAGUAACACACAAACCCUUGUUCUCCGCUAUUAAAUCCAAAAAAAAUGAGCAGGCGAUUAUACUCCUUCAGUACGGAGCGGAAAUAGAUUCAAGAAAUGGAGAUGAUAAUACAGUGCUACACAUUUUAUGCUCUCAAGAGGAAGGAAUAGACAUGGAAAUGUGCGAGUUUUUGAUAGAUUGCGGACUUAACCCUAACUUGACGGGAAAAUUUGGGCAGACUCCAUUGCUUACGCUUGUUAAAAACAAUAAAGCGCCUCAUGUAUUGGAAUGUGCCAAACUAUUAAUAGAGAAGGGAGUUGAUGUAAAUGCCAAAAAUGUAUUCGGCGAAACUGCUCUUCACAACUUAGCAGAUUAUUGUGAAGACUACACCCCAGUUUUCGGAUUGCUUUGA